AAUCACGCCUCCCUGAGCACGUCACAGAGCAACAUGGCGCUGUCCUGCAGGAGUGGUGCUGCCAUGAAGAAGUACCUGCUGCUCUUGGCUCAGGAGAACUGCGAGUUUCGCCUACCGGAAAUAAAAUCCCUUCUCUCACUUUAUGGUGGACAUUUCAAUAAUCUUCAAGAUGUGCAUGCAAAGUCACCUUUUUGUAUACUUCACAUCCCUUCAGAAGAACUUGCAAGAAAACUGAUGAAGAGAACUGUGUGUGCAAAGUCCGUUUUUGAGUUGUGGGGACAUGGGAGAUGCUCUGAAGAGCUGCAACAAUCGCUUCAAAGUUAUCCACAGGAAAAAAUGGUUCCCUAUCUUCAGCCCAACUCCACAUACAAAAUAAAUAUCCAUACUUUUAACAAAACUUUGACACAGAAAGAGAAACUUGUUAAGAUAGAUGCAUUGGAGUUUCUUCCAUUUAAAGGGAGAGUGAGUUUACAAAAUGCUGAACAUAUAUUUUAUUUGCUUGAAGAUUAUGGAUCAGAUCCCAACAAUGCUCCUAAAGAACCUCUUCAUAUAUACUUUGGCCGGUGGAUUGCAGAUGGACAGCGUGAGCUUAUCAAUUUCUACAGUGUAAAAAAAAGACACUUUAUUGGGAACACAAGCAUGGAUGCCGGUUUGUCCUUUAUCAUGGCAAAUCAUGCAAGAGUGAAGUCUAAUGAUGUUGUGUUUGAUCCCUUUGUUGGUACUGGUGGUCUUCUUCUGUCCUGUGCCCACUUUGGAGCUUAUGUUUGUGGCACUGACAUUGACUACAAUAUAGUCCAUGGUUUGGGUAAAGCUUCUAGGAUGAAUCAGAAGUGGAGAGGGCCUGAUGAGAAUAUUAGGGCAAACCUACGCCAGUAUGGAUUAGAUAAAUAUUACCUGGAUGUCUUGGUCUCUGAUGCAUCAAAGGCAAUUUGGAGAAAAGGACCCAUAUUUGAUGCCAUCAUUACAGACCCUCCAUACGGCAUUAGAGAGUCCACAAGAAAAACUGGCACACAGAAAGAGAUCAUAAAAACAGAACUAUUUCCUGAAAACCAUGUUCCAGUCCAAUUAUCUUACGACCUUAGUGAAAUUUUUACUGAUCUGUUAAACUUUGCGGCGGAAUUCCUGGUAAUUGGAGGAAGAGUGGUGUACUGGCUACCAGUGUACAAACCUGAAUAUACAGAAGAGGUUAUACCUCGCCACCCAUGCCUGAAACUUAUUAGCAACUGUGAACAGAUGCUUUCCAGCCACACGUCCCGCCUCCUGAUAACAAUGGAAAAGGUGAAGGAGUUUGAGGAAAACGACCAUCAUGCUCAACUUAAAGAUGGCCAGUAUUCAUCGUAUAAAGGUCAUAACUCCUUUCGUGAAAAGUAUUUCAGUGGUUUAACCAAAAGAAUUGCCAGGGAAGAAAAAGCUAGGAAUAAAGAAUCCAACUCAGAAAAUUAUGUUUCCACAAGAAACAGGACGUCUGACCCGCACAAAUCUGAUUAAUAUGGGACCAUGACAUUAUAAACUGAUGUUUUUAAUAAUUCAAUGCAACUGGAAAUUGUGGAUUUUUUUCCCUUUAUAUUCCAGAAUGGCUAUAUAUGACAACAACUUUGCAACCUACAGCUCAUUGACCAUUUCAUCGUGACAAUAUAAUGUUUGCACUGAAGCAAUAAUAGUAUUAUGGUGGCCUUGAUACCGUGUUUUCAUUCGAAGCUCAUUGCCUAGUUUUGUUAUUAUUAUUGCGUUAUGUAGCAGAAAGGUAAAACCAGUAAUAUAUAUAUAUAUAUAUAUAUACAUAUAUAUAUAUAUACAAUAGCACAUACAAUUGUGUUAGUGUAGUCCCUGGCCAAAUCUUCAUUACAUGAAGUUGGACUUUGCUGGAUGUGAAAACUUGUCAUUGUUGUAUUUUGUAUGUAAACGGUAUCACAAUUACAGGCAACCAUAUAUUAAGUUUUUUUAUCGUGAUGACACACAAAAGUUGGUAACAUUGUAAAAGUAUGAUGUUCAUUAGGUGCUUAGAAAUCAUUUUAUCCCUAGGGCUAUGUAAACAAGCUCUUUUUAUUUGUUUUGUUUAAUGUCUAUAAUUGGUGUCAACAGAUUAUGACCAAUGUCCUGUUUAUACCCCAUUUUGCCUAAGACAGGGUUAAGCAGUAAACAUUCAGAAUAUGUUGACUUUUUAUGGUUUACAUUUUUUAAUGUGCAUACAUUUGUGUGCUGUAUUUAUAAUAAUUUUAAAGGGAGUCCAUACACUUAGGUGUCUACAAAGAUCAAGCACACUAGCUGCAGAGUCUCUUGUAGAAGGAAAUAGGACUCUUUGCUUUUCACUCUGCAGACCUCUGGAAUGUGUUCUUAGCAUUGUAAGGGUGAUGAAGUGUUCCUCAUUAAAGAGGUUGCUUUUAUUUGUUAUUGUUUGUAAUUGAUACACAUUAAACACACACACAAUCUUGCUUUUGUCUCCUUAAAACACUGUUGCAUGUAAAGACCCCUUUGUGGUUAGUUAUAGGUUUGAAGGACUUUGGGAGGCUAUGAGGGCAUAUUGAGCCUGUCCACAUCUGAAGCUCAUCUGUGCUUUUUGAUUUGUUUUUACAUUCCUUAAACUCUGCUCUUUCUUAAGACCACUGACUAUGUGUUAUUUUUUUAUUACUCAGAACUAAAAGUGUUUUGUUUUUUUUGUUCUGGUGGAGUCAUAACAAAUAGGUAUGACUUGCCUUAGGUCGACAGUGUAAUUAUGUCUUUGAAAUUAAAGCUUUGUUUGCAUUUA